GGAGAAAGAGAAAACGAGGAGGAGGAAAGAGACAGAGGAGGAGGCGACAGGCUCAAGGACCCCCUUCUCCUUCACGCUCAAGACUCGUGGUGACCUUCAGGAGAGCGGAGAGUUAGAGAAGAGCAUCCUGCUGCGUUGGGAUGCUGGAGGCUCCCUCCUUGGGUGCCUGCUGUCCGGAGAAGUCUCCCUUGGGGUCUCUGAAGCCUUCUGCCCCUCCGCUCCUGCCUCAGUCUCCCUGAUGAGGAGGAGGAGGAGGAGGAAGGAGGGCUCUUCUUCCUUUCGCGCCGCCCUCCUCCUCCUCCCCCGGGAGAAAGGGCCAGCCAUAAAACCCGGCGGCGGAGGCGCCUUCCACGUUCACUCCACUGCCGCCCUUCCCGCGGUCCGGACCCGGCUCUGCCUGCCUUUGCAGCCUCUCGAGGAGUUCUCUUUUGUCCUCCCAUUGGGCCCUGAUGCUUUUGGGAAUGAGCACUUGUGGCAGAAAAGCCCUGACUCUGCUCAGCAGCGUGUUUGCUGUCUGCGGAUUAGGGCUGCUGGGCAUUGCUGUGAGCACCGACUACUGGUUGUAUCUGGAGGAAGGGAUCAUUUUACCCCAAAACCAGAGUACCGAAGUCAAGAUGUCUCUGCAUUCUGGCCUCUGGAGAGUUUGCUUUUUGGCUGGUGAAGAACGUGGGAGAUGUUUCACCAUUGAGUAUGUUAUGCCAAUGAAUGUCCAGCUCACAUCUGAAUCAACAGUCAAUGUUUUAAAGAUGAUUCGAUCUGCCACUCCAUUCCCACUGGUCAGCCUCUUUUUCAUGUUUAUUGGAUUCAUCCUGAGCAACAUUGGACACAUCCGGCCCCACAGGACCAUCUUGGCCUUUGUGUCUGGAAUAUUCUUCAUUUUGUCUGGAUUAUCUCUGGUUGUGGGCCUUGUCUUGUACAUCUCCAGUAUCAACGAUGAGAUGCUUAACAGAACCAAGGACUCCGAGACUUACUUCACAUACAGAUAUGGAUGGUCCUUUGCUUUCUCUGCUAUUUCUUUCCUCCUGACAGAGAGCGCAGGUGUCAUGUCUGUCUACCUGUUCAUGAAGCGAUACACGGCUGAAGAGAUGUACCGGCCUCACCCUGGCUUCUACCGCCCACGGCUCAGCAACUGCUCUGACUACUCGGGCCAGUUCCUCCACCCGGACGCCUGGGUCCGUGGCCGCAGUCCUUCGGACAUCUCCAGCGAUGCUUCCCUCCAGAUGAACAGUAACUACCCUGCUCUGCUGAAGUGUCCUGAUUAUGACCAGAUGUCCUCCUCCCCCUGUUGAAGGACAACGGACAACCUCUCCAUUUAGACAUGAAAAAGUUGGCAGAGGAUGUUAUGUCCUGAAUUUUGUACUUUUUUGUUUUUUCAAAAAGCCACUCGUACAGGACAGCCCCUCUCUGUUUAUAAAUGUAGUGAAUGAUAUUAUUACUUAGAGGUAUAGGGAGGGGGAUGGUGCUCUCCUGUCAGUACACGUGUGUGCGUCUGGUAAAAAAGCAGGGCUGGUUUUGAUCCUGGACCUGGUCCAUAAGCCCAGAUCUCUUGGACGGAGAGAGAGAGAGAUCGCAGGUAUGGAAGAGAGACAGGAUCAUUCUUAGUGGAAGCCCGAUGCCAAAAAGGCACCAGUAAGAAAAACAAAUAAGUAUCCUGUGAUAGGCCACAAAGGUUUGUGGAUUAGUAUCCUUUUAAUGUCAAACAUAUUCCUAGAGCAAGGAGUAGAUGUACAUCGCUAGAGCAUAACCAUUAGGAUGGAAUUUUGUUUUCAAAGACAUCUGAUCAUGGCAUUUCAAACCAACAUGAACAGCAUGGCUAUAUGUAUGUCUACUCAGAUGUAAAUCCCAUUGUGUUCAGUGGAAUUUGUUGGCAGCUAAGUGGGUGUAGGAUUGCAUCCUAAGAACCCUUCCUCUUGCCUUCAUUUUAUUAUCAUAUAAGGUUGGAUUUGCUCUCAGAAACAGACGAUUAACGCUCACCAAUCAUCACUUUCCAGCCUGAUUCUACUGGGCCUCCUUCCAAUUUGGCAAGUUCACAACUAGGUCAAACCCUCUGCACUACAAAUACAAUCUCAAAGGGGGAAAAGUGCCUGAUGCUUGGCUACAAUAAACAAGUUCUUCUCUCUCCCCCAAUAACACAUUCAGAAUAUUAUAGAUUAGAUACUGUAAUAAUACGUUAAAAUCCAUUCACCUCAUGCCAUGUAGAUGGACAUCGCAAUUGUCUCAUUCAGAACGGCCUGAACAGGAUUUAUUAUACUCAUUUAUUUAUAUUCCCCCCCCCCCAGAAUAAAGCCCAAAUUCUGUGGCAUGGCUUUUGUUCAUUUUGAUCUUUCCUUUCUUUGAGGCAUUUUUCUUUCCAGCAGAACUGUUUGUGUUAAUUGCUUUGUAUGUAAGAGGAUUGAUUGGUCAUGUAGCAUUCAGCUCUUCUCUUUGUAAGUAAAGUAUGCAGAAAAGAAAGACUUAUAUGUAUAUAAUAACCUGCCUGAAGAAUAAGAUUGUCCAGAGAAAUACAGUGUGUGUAUGUAUGCAUGACUAUCUAUCUAUCUACCGUGUUUCCCUGAAAAUAAGACAGUGUCUUAUAUUAUUUUUUAAUCCCAAAGAUGCGCUAGGUCUUAUUUUCAGGAGAUGUCUCAUUUUUCCAUGAAGAAGAAUUCACAUUUAUUGUUGAACAAAAAAAUGAACAUUUAUUCUAUACAAACCAACAUAACCAAACCAGACAAACUGUGACUUCUGUCAAGAAUUUCUUGUUACUACCAUUAUUUCCAUAUACAACUGGUAUGUACAUUUACCAAUCCUGCAUGCUAUGGUGUUUUGUUUGGUGGGCGCCGGGCAUGCUUCCAAACAAAAACUUUGCUAGGUAUUACUUUCGGGGGAGGCCUUAUAUUUAGCAAUUCAGCAAAACCUCUACUAGGUCUUAUUUUAGGGGAAACAGGGUAUCUAUCUAUCUAUCUCUCUAUCUAUCUAUCUUUCUAUCGGAGUCCCCAGUGGCGCAAUGGGUUAAACCCUUGUGCUGGCAGGACUGCUGACCAAAAGGUCAGCAGUUCGAAUCCAGGGAGCGGGAUGAGUUCGCGUCUGUCAGCUCUAGCUCCCCAUGCAGGGACAUGAGAGGAGCCUCUCACAGGAUGGUAAAACAUCAAACAUCCAGGCAUCCCUUGGGCAACGUCCUUGCAGACAGCCAAUUCUCUCACACCGGAAGCGACUUUCAGUUUCUCAAGUUGCUCCUGACAUGAAAAAAAAUCUAUCAUCUCUUUCUCUCUCUCCAUGCAUACACACACAAUCUAGUCUGCUGAUAUUUCACUGCUUUUCAAAAUACUGCUGUACAAAGCUUUUUGUAUGUUCUUUUUCUUUUUUUCUUUUUUGGGUUGUAAUCAAAUGCUAAUUUCUGGUCUGUUCACAACCUAUUUGUAUUGUUUCUCAUUAUUUCAUUUUUUAACACAUUAAAGAAUCUAAAAACA